AUAACUCCAGAUUGAUCAUUACAAAACAUUAUCAUUCAUUCAUUCGAGAUAUGCAAAUGGAAGAAGGGAAUAUAUUCCAUGAUGGUUGGUUUCUUCCAUAGGUGUACUUCCUUCUUUGCUUCUUAAUUAAAUUAUAUAUCUACCAUGACUUCCCUGCUAGAGAAAACUUUGGGCUCUGAAAUCUCUUCCUUUAUAUACCGCUGUUGUUUUAUCUAUCAAGACCAUCACCAUCAUCAUCAUAACAAUAAGAGCCUCAAAAAGAACUUCAACAUGGGGAAGAAGAGUAGACCACUUUCCUUGCAGACCGUUGAGCUGAAAGUGAGGAUGUGCUGCAAAGGUUGCGAAAGAGUUGUCAAAAACGCCAUUUACAAGCUCAAAGGCAUAGAUUCAGUGAAUGUGGAGUUAGAGAUGGAGAGGGUGACAGUUACCGGCUACGUUGAGCGGAACAAGGUGCUGAAGGCGGUGAGAAGGUCAGGGAAAAGAGCAGAGUUCUGGCCAUACCCAAAUCCACCACUUUACUUCACAUCUGCUAACAAUUACUUCAAAGACACCACAAGUGAGUUCAAAGAAAGCUACAACUACUACAGACAUGGCUACAAUCUCCCUGAGAGGCAUGGCACCAUGCAUGUGUCUCACCGUGGAGAUGACAAUGUUAGUAACAUGUUCAAUGAUGAUAAUGUUAAUGCUUGCUCUCUCAUGUAAAUAGUUAAUUAACCCCUUGUUGUUAAUUAUUAUGUGUGUAUUGCUAUUGCUAGCUACCUGCUAGGAGUGAAACUCUUAUGAUCAGGAUUAUGUAAAUUAAUUUGCAGUAUUAAUUGUGUGAUUUAUGAAAGCUUUGGGCUUUUGUAAAUUUGACUUUUA